UCUGUGAGAGGGCGCCUGAACUGAGGGGAGAUGAUGGAGCCAGAGGAGUACAGAGAGAGAGGAAAACAGAUGGUGGAUUACAUCUGCCAGUACCUGAGCACUGUGCGGGAGAGGCAGGUCACCCCAGAUGUGCAGCCUGGCUACCUGCGAGCCCAGCUUCCUGAGAGUGCUCCUGAGGAACCUGACAGCUGGGACAGCAUUUUUGGGGACAUUGAGCGGAUCAUUAUGCCUGGGGUGGUGCACUGGCAGAGCCCCCACAUGCACGCCUACUUCCCGGCCCUCACCUCUUGGCCAUCUCUGCUGGGAGACAUGCUGGCGGAUGCCAUCAACUGCUUGGGGUUCACCUGGGCUUCUAGCCCAGUGUGCACAGAACUGGAGAUGAAUGUCAUGGAUUGGCUGGCGAAAAUGCUGGGACUACCAGAGCACUUCCUACAUCACCACCCCAGCAGCCAGGGAGGGGGUGUCUUGCAGAGUACCGUCAGUGAAUCGACCUUGAUAGCUCUGCUGGCAGCAAGGAAGAACAAAAUCCUGGAAAUGAAAACUUCUGAGUGCGAUGCUGACGAGUCCUCCCUGAACGCCCGACUUAUUGCCUACGCCUCUGACCAGGCCCACUCCUCAGUGGAAAAGGCUGGUCUGAUUUCUCUUGUGAAGAUGAGAUUUCUGCCUGUGGAUGACAACUUCUCCCUCCAAGGUGACACUCUUCAGACAGCUAUUGAGGAGGACAAAGCACGGGGCUUGGUGCCUGUCUUUGUAUGUGCAACACUAGGGACCACUGGGGUCUGUGCAUUUGAUUGCUUGUCACAGCUGGGUCCCAUCUGUGCCAGGGAGGGGUUGUGGCUCCACAUUGAUGCUGCAUAUGCGGGCACUGCCUUCCUGUGCCCCGAGUUCCGGGGGUUUCUGAAGGGCAUCGAGUAUGCCGAUUCCUUCACCUUUAAUCCUUCCAAGUGGAUGAUGGUGCACUUUGACUGUACUGGGUUCUGGGUCAAGGACAAGUACAAGCUACAGCAGACCUUCAGUGUGAACCCUGUCUACCUCAGGCAUGCCAAUUCAGGUGCAACCACCGACUUUAUGGGUACUGAAAUGGCUAAAUACUUUGAAUCUUUGGUCAGAAAUGACCCUUUCUUUGAAAUUCCUGCCAAGAGGCACCUUGGCCUGGUGGUUUUUCGUCUAAAGGGUCCUAACUGUCUCACAGAAAGUGUGCUAAAGGAAAUUGCUAGAUCUGGCCGUCUCUUCCUCAUCCCGGCCACCAUCCAGGACAAAUUGAUCAUCCGUUUCACUGUGACAUCCCAGUUUACCACCAGGGACGACAUCCUGAGAGACUGGAACAUCAUUCGAGAUGCUGCUACCCUCAUCCUGAGCCAGCACUGUACUUCCCAACCUAGCCCUCGGGUUGGGAACCUCAUCCCCCACACUAGAGCCAUGGCCAAUGGAAUGCCCCUUCAGUCUGUCAAUAGGGCAGGAGAUGACCCAGUCCAGCCAAAAAAGAUCAUCAAGCAGCCUCCGCGUGUGGGAGCUUGUCCUAAUAGAAUGGAAGAAAACCAUGAUCUUGAAACUCUGAUGGACCCACUUGAUGACUGCUUUUUAGAAGAGGCCCCAGAUGUCCCCAAGCACAAGCUGUCCUCUUUCCUGUUCAGUUACUUGUCUGUGCAGAAUAAGAAGAAGACAGUGCGUUCCCUCAGUUGCAACAGUGUGCCCAUGAGUGCUCAGAAGCCACUGACCUCAGAUGGCUCCAUGAAAAAUGGAGGGCCCUCCAGGGCAAGAAUUUUUUCCAGGCUACCAGAAGAGAUGAUGAUGCUGAAGAAAAGUGCCUUCAAAAAAUUAAUCAAGUUCUACAGUGUCCCCAGUUUCCCUGAAUGCAGCCCUCAAUGUGGGUUUCAGCUGCCUUGUUGCCCUUUGCAGGCCAUGGUUUAAGCCAGGGGUCUUCAGGUGGGGUCCGCAAUGUGCUUCAGGGAGUCUGUGAACCCCUCAAAAUUUUAUGCCAAAUUUGUGUGCUAUGUGUGUGUGCAUUUUCCUUAGGAAAGAGUCCAUAUUUUUUUAUCAGAUUCUCCUAGGGGUUCAUACCCACUCACUACAGGCUACCAAUGGAGGGUUUCAGCUAGUAUGGCCCAGCAGUUUCUGGAAGGCUGGUCAGGAGAAGAGCUGAGGGUAG